AUGUUCGCCACCCCUCGCGUGCUGCCCCGCGGCGGGUCCUUGGCCCUCGCGUGCUUCCUGGUGGUGCUCGCCGUCGCCGCCGCGCAGGAUCAGGACCCUACGGAACGCCUAGUGGACGACGAAAUCAACAGACUGGGCACGGCCCAGGACCGCGAUGAAAUGACCCCGGCGAGGCGGUUUGUGGACUCGCUGGUGGCGGCGGCCGUGUCGGGAGCCGCGUCCACGGACGAUCUGUUUCGCAACGCGUCCGGUUUCGGGGACAACGCCCUGUGGCGCGAUCUGAUCGUCGAGUGCGGAGCGUCGGUGGAGCUGGCGUGCGUCAAGAAGAACGUGUUGAAGUACCUGGACCGCACGGUCAGCUCCAGCGGCAACGUGACGCUCACGGACGGCGUGGUGUUCGAACGCAACCACCGCGUGUGGGAGAACAAGUACGAGCGCGGCCUCAACGAGGGGGUGGGUAGUGAGGGGAGGGCCGUGGGGUCGUUCGAGGACGUGACGGACGCCCUCAUGGACAAGGGCGAGCGCUUCCUGCAUCUGCACGACCUGCGCCUGCAGCUGCCGUCCGCCAUAAUGGACGGUGCGGUGCUGCGGCUGUCGCCUCGCGCGCUGGCCGAGGGCGGCGGCGCGCUGCUCACCAUCGAGCCGCCCCCGGCAGCCCCCGAGGGACGCAUUCUCUUCAAGCACAAGAAGAUCCGGCGGCGGCUGUUGCUUGCCCUGUUCGCGCUGCUGCUGGUGGUGAAGCUGCUCAAAGUGGCCGCCAUGUUCCUGAUGCCCAUCAUCCUGGGCGUGGGCACGGCCAAGAAGAUCCUGCUCAAGGUGCUGCUGUUCCUGUUCCCGGCGCUCACGCACCUCUUCAAGUUCUGCUCCUACUACCACGGCCUGCACGCCGCCAAGUACCACCACCACCACCACCAGAUCGCGCACCACCACCACCACGUGCCGGUGCACGUGCCGGUGCCCGUGCAC